UCGGCGCGGGUUCUGACCCGCGGUCCCACUGCUUGGUCUCGGCGACGACAGUCAUCCCCAGUCGGUGUUCUUAAUUCAUCCGAGCAGCCCGGUGCCCUCCUCCUCGUCCUCCCAGGAACGCGAUUCUUUGCUAGAACGUCCUAAAUGCUGUCUCAAAAGGGAAAGAACUGCAGAAUUGUGUUCGAAACGUGAACGCUUAUUAGAUAUUUCGCCUGUGUGCGUGUGUGUAUUUAUAUGUAUAUCGUAGUCUUGUACAAAUUAGAUGACUCUUUCACCAGGAUUAGUACUGUAUUGGUGCUUGCAAAGUCUUUAUUAGGAUUUCGUCAUUGCUUGAAAGAAACCAGUCUCUUACCUGAUAAAAAAUAUGAAUAGAUUGUUAGUCAUAAACUUAAGUGCAGUCAGAAUAGAGACUGUAGCUUUAAAAGAGAUGUGUUGGUGACUUUAGGUACACCUGCAACACAGGUAGGGCAAGACUGGUUUCUAGGCAACUGUCAGGGGUGAAGAAAGGUGAGGUUAAAAUGCUUUUUUCCCCCCUUCUUUUCUGGAGAACAAGUGUUCUGCAAAAUUUCAAGCUUUUAUCAAUCUGUUAAGAAUGCAGUGAAAAAGCAUUUGUUGAGACUGAGGCAUCUGAUUAAGUUCACCAUACCUUGUCUUGCUUUCUUUUUUUAAACUGCAUUUCUGUUUUUUUUUGUUUGUUUUUCCUUUUUCUUUUCUUUUUUAAACCUCACUGGAAUUAUGUAGCUGUAAGUGAAGAUUUCCUUAAAGGCAUUUGAUACCCAUUUCAGGAAAUGACCAACUUUUGUUAAGACCAAAAUGAAAGAAAUCAGGUCCUUGUUAACAGGCUGACGGUGAUUGGUUAUCAGUAUGUUAUCAAUCAGUCAGGCUCAUUUGCAGGUAUUAGCCAAUUUGAAGAGAACUGCAAAUUGGUUAUAGCGUGGAAUUCAUUGCCUUCAUUUCAAACACAGAGGUUUCCUUUUCAGCUGUGUGUUCUUGUGGACACUCACUGGGAGUAACAAUUUAUAACCCAACAGAUACUAGAUUGUAGACUCCUGAAGGGCAGGAACCCUGCCUUGCACAGCUUCUGUCUUAGGCAGCUUUGCACAUUAGUUGAUGAUUGAUAAAUAGUUGCAGGAAAUCGUAUUUUACAUUUUAAAAUUCAGCAGAAUUGCACCAGUCACUGAUAAAGCUCAGAAAGCAAAUCUGCUUUUUUCAAAUGGCUGUUAUGAAAUGUCUGAAUUAUUCGUAUUUUUGACAGAUAGGGAGACCCGGCAUUGUCAUGCACUGGGUUUCCUACUUUAAGUUCACAGUGGACGCUAGUCGCUCAGUUCUGUGAGAUUUAAUUACAGUGUACACCUGAGUUUUUGUGUGGAAAGAGCUCUUAACUGCCGCUCCUCGGAAGCCAAACCAGGUAGUUCUUCCCUUCUGCUGGUAGUAAUGGUGGCUUUUCAAAGCAAGCCACCCAAAUUACAGGUGCAAUCUGACAUGCUGGAAGCUGACCUGAAUGUCUGCAUACCGUCAGGUUUCUUUAGAAAGAUGAAUAGAGGAGGGGAAAGGUGGUGCCAAGGGUAAUUCCAGGAAUUUGACUGUCACAGGCUCCCUCUAGCAGAGGCACAACUCUUGAUCUAAAUACAGUUGAAUCGGUGCAGCAGCAUCAGGAUUCCUGGAGUAUCCUUCGGUGCUGCUGUUUGGUCACGCAUUUUAAAAGCUGAUGGAUAACCCACUAGAGAAACAAAAUCUCGUUGUGGCAUUCUGGCAUUUUCCGCACAGCAUAAACACAUGCUUUGUAAAGAUAGAUAAAAUUGGUGAGUUUUGAGGGUUCUGAACCUAAGUGACUAGCUUCAUACAGCAAUUAUUUUAAGGUAAGGGAGAAUUAGCAUGGGAUUCAGAUUUCAGAAGAGGGGAAAAAAGAGUUCUGCCAUUUGGAGUCACUGCUGAUACUUGAAUCCAGUUCCUUGUACCAUCAAGUUGGGCAAUAUUACCAAAAGGCCAUCGAAUAUAUUUUUUAAAUAUGGGACUCUGGCUACAUGAGUUAGCCCUUUUCAACUCCAGAGUGCCAUGAUUCCACAAAACAUUACAGUCUAACAGAGGACACAGUAGGAAGGUAAGGAUGAAAAGAUACUGUUCCAAGAGCUCUUGUUACAUAAAGGCCCCCCCAGAAUAUGAAGCUCGACGAAUCACAGGUUGUCUUUUGAAGAUACUGUUCCCCCUGCAUGAAAUGCUAUCCUCCUGAGUCUUCUCACGGCUGCAUUUUUUUUAUCCUUUAGAUUCGCAUUUGAAAAAUCACGCAAGAGAAGCCUGCCUUCACUGCCUGCAUGAGUAGGUCCUCAUCCCUCCUUGUCCUCUUACUGUUCCCCAUUUGGUCCUGUGGCAGUGACCACAAUCUGAAACUGCGUGCCUGCCUGUUAGCUCUUUCCUCGCUAGACUGGGCCUGCCUUAGGCAGCACCAUGUCCUUUUCAAUGAGCGUCGUAUCUAGUCAAAAAGAGUAAGCAUCUGGUAGCUAUUUGUGAAAAUAUCAGUGAAACCCUGCCCUCUUAAGAGCCCAUGAGCUAAACACAGGAGCUGUGUUCAGUCUUACUCUGCCCAGUGGACCAGCGCUCAGGUCCUGUUCUGUGUAUCAGUCUCCCCACCUGUAACCAAGAGGAGGAGAGAUGUGGCUGUCGCCUACAAAGCAAACACUCUAGAAAGGAGAGGUGAGGAAAGUGUAGCAAGGAAGAUGCUGGACCGUGCUGACCUUUAGCAGAUAGGUGGAUGCUUCACCUCACUUCACUCCCUCCUCUGCAAAAUGGAGGUCAUGAUCCCUGCCGCUUCUUACAGGGAUGUUUUGGGGAUCAAGUGGGAUGACACGUUAGAAAGUGUUUUGUCAUUUGUGGAACACUUUCCAAAUACAAGACAUUCUAUCAUUAUAUUCUGGAUCUUACAGUAGAGCCUGAUUAUAAGACUCUAUUGUAAUAAUGCCCCACAGAGAUCCAGGCUGGGAGUAGAUUCAAAGGAGGCUCUCUGGGUGUAUGUUGUGACCCCUUUUUAUGGGUGAAGACAGACCUGCAUUAUUAUCAAACAGAUUAUAUGACGGCAGAGCGUCCCUGUGUCACUAAAGGUCGAGGGUCUCAAAGAACUGUUUGAGGUGGUCACAGAAUAGAUCCAAUGCCUUAAUCCCCCCUCUCCUUUUAGAGGAUAGAUAGGACAGAACUGCAAGUAAGAACUCUUACUGGAGAUUUGAGAGACUGGAGGUUAAAUAGGAACUUUGAUACACUAAAGGUUACCCAAGAAAAACUGUUACCAGUCAACAGAGCCCCAGGACAGUCUGUCUGAGCUCCCCGAAGACUUGGGCUCCAUAGUGGCUCAGAUCAUCUGUCAGCGAGGUGUGUGGGAGAACCUGGCUCAAACCUGGAACCUGGGUCCCUCAGCUCUGUGCCUCCAGUUCCUUGUCUGUAAAUGAGGGUAAUCACAGGCACCCAGCUCCCAGGGCUGUGGAUUAAAUUAGGUAAUACACAUAAAGCACUUAGAACAAUGCCCGUCAGAUAAGCAUCCAGGGAACUAGUGAUUAUGCUUGCUGGGUUUCUGUUCACUGUAACAAUCCCAGGUUACCCACUGGGUGACUUAAACGCUCGUUAAGUAAAUUUGAAGUUUGAAAGACACGCUUCCCAUCAUUAGACUAUUGUGCUCAUCAUCAUUAAGAUUUGAAUAGAAAUCCUGUAUCUCCUACAAUUGGAAACCUACCAUGCACGUGUCUGAAAGGAAUAAUAUUUUUCCCUCCCCUGUGUCUGUGUGUUCUGCUGAUGCUAGCGGUGCUCUGUAGGGAAGGGACAAAGGACAAAAGCAUCUGUUUCUGCCACGGGGUGUUUCUGCUGUGUCACCGGGGCUGUGUGGGAGACGGCGGGAGUCCAGAGGCUGGCAGUGACCAUGGAGUUGAAUAAAUAGGUUUUCCUUUGGCUUGCCAUUUCUUAAAAUACUUAGCUAGAAAAUAUUCUGAAUUGCUCCUGAACUUAGGUCAUCCAGCUUUGACUGUGACAGUAUGAAGGUGAAAUAUUCUCUUGGUCGCCUUGGUUUUUACCACCUACCAAUGGGCUGUUACAUACCAGGCCUGGAGCUGCAGAAGGACAAAAUAUGUCCAUUCCCACUGCACUGGGCCAGUUAUGCUUUCACAGAAACCACUGAGUUUCGUUCCAUGUUAUUAACUUCAUUCAACACCCUUGUAAGUCAUCUGGGCAUUCAGAGUGAAGCUGUUGAUGCUUCCACAGAGCGGCCUGUACCGUGCAACCCCCUCUUUUCCUCCUCCCUCUGCCCCCCGCCAGAUCACACCUGUUAAAAUCUGAGAAACACCCUGAAUUAGAGCCAGUGAUUUUUGAAGAGCCUUCUGCUUUCAAUAAAUCAACUCAGACCACACAACACCAUAGCAGAUGUGAACACGGAAUGUGUUAGGUGAGAGCAAAUCAGUAAGUUUUCUCAUAUUCCUAAUAAAAGUGAAAACCCUCUAGAACAGCCAGACUGAAUGUUCAGUGCAGAUCACUUGCUCGGCCAUUAGUGCUGUAGACACUGAUCACAGGAAAGAUAAUGAGGUUUGGUUUUGUUUUCUUUUUAACUUUCCCAAAGGUGACUAUUUUAGACAUUUUCAGAAUGAAAGAGUAAUUGGUUUCUUUGGUUGGGGGCGGGAGUGGAAUCUAAAAUCCUGGUAUUUGUCACACUCUGAAGUCUUCCUUUUUUCUCAAAUUUUGGCUCUAAAUAUAGUUACCUGAUACCUCCCUGGAUAUGGAAAUUGUUAGGGAGCUAAUUGUUAAAUGCAGCUGAGAAGACCAUUUAUCACCCUGAAUAAACAGAAAUCAGGUUCUUAAACCAGAUUGAAAGAAGGAAAUUACAUCACACUUUUAAAUAAGGAAGCACUGAGCAGAACUGGAUGAGUCGUGUGACAAAAAUGUGCCCCUCCCCCUCUCGUGGAUUGCUUCUGAGAUUUAUUAAUGAGAUCUGUGGCCAGGUAAGCAUAUCUAGGUUACUGUCUUAAGGUAGCCUGGUUUUUUAAAGAACAGUAUCAAAGAGGUUAUCCUCAAACAAAAAGCAUGUGAUUUCACCUGUUUAAUAAAGAAUGUGGAAUGUGCUUUUGGGUGUACCUCCCUUUUUUUUUUUUUUUUUUUUAGGAAAAUGAACUUAAAUUUAGCAGCAAAAACACAGUAGGUGCCUUAUAAUCCAGAAGAGAAGGUGACAUUGUUUCUGUUGUUAGGAAGCCCCCACCUGAUUGCUUUAACCAAGCAUGUAGUAACGGCCACCAGUUUGGAAAGUUACAGUGUUAACCAUUUAAGCUUCUAAUCUUUUUACUACCCAGUGUCAAAACCAUCCACUUUGGGUUUUGGAAAUGAAUUUAGUGAGCAUUCCUUGCUGGCUCCAUGUCCCUAGACUUGUAUUAUAAUUAAGCAGUGUCACCAAAUGUUAAGUUUAUCCCUUACAAAUCUAUGCUUUCCCCCUUCUUCACUGAUUUAUAUUAUAAAUUACAUGAGUCUUUCAUGUAAUUACUUUUUUUUAAAAAAUGAGAUGAAUGUUUUCUCAGAGUCCAGUUAAUAAGCACAUGUUAGAGAUGAAUGAGGCCAGGAUCUGUUGGAGGAGGGGAGGCAGAGAGUCCUGUUGUAGAAAAUCAGGAUGAUAGAAGGGGACUAGGGCACAGCACAGAAUAAUCAGGCCCUGGAGACACUUCUCUGGCUUUUCCAGAGGAAGCAGGUUCACAGAGAAGGUAGCAUGAGAAGCUGCCCUGAAGGAUAUAUUGAUUUCUAACAGCAGUUUGGGGAAAGGAGAAGCAAGAGCUUGAAAAGGGUGGACUGGGGCCUUGUUCUGGAGGCCUUCAAUGGUAGGCUGAGCGGCAUGUAUGGAGAAGCCUUUGAAGGUCUUUGAGCAGCAGAAGAUCUAAGCUUGAGCUUAAGCUAGGUCAGGGACAGAGAUCCAGCGUGUAGGAUGGAUUGGGGAUCUUCAUAGCCGAGGCAGCUUAGGACGGAAGGAAGAUAGAUUUGAGAAAAACAGCAUAGAAAUAAACUCUGGCCCUUGGUGAUUCACCGCACUUCUGCUGUGGCUCAGGAUAAAAAUGGUGCCUUUGGGAGACGUGUGAUCUGCUUAGACUGUGAACUAGUUUGGGAAGGGAGUGUGGCAAGAGGGGUUUGGUUUGUGGAGUUCCAGAUGCCAGGGGACCAUCCAAGUGGAAAGGUAAUCACCAGACAAUAAGACAUGCAAAGUGGAGGCUUGAGCCAGGGCUGGACCUGAGAUUCAGGAGCUGUGGUGUGGGGUUGAAGCCCUCUCCAGGGAUCAGAACUCAAGGUGGGGCCCAGGUUGUUAGGGGAGAAAGUAAAGAGGCAACCUCAGGAAACAGAUGUUCUUAGGGUUGUCCUUUGUUUUUCCUUGAAUUAAAAAAAAAAAUGAUGUUACUAGGAAAAAGGAGUUCACACCUGCCAUUUGUGUUGAACAGCAUUUUCGACCCUAAAAGGCUAAAGAUUAGUCCACGUAUUUCAGAAGAGCUACCAUACCCAAGACUAUGGAGACCCCGGGCAGUGUGCUAGGCUGCCCAGAUUGCCAUCAGAUUUCGUGUUUCUGAGUUUCAUCGCCUAGUGCCAUCUUGGACUUGUAGAUCCUGGUUUUCCCCGGGCCAGGGGAGGGGGGUAUCUUUUUGCCGUUGUUUUCCUAAUUAAUCGUAAGGCAGAGCUCAUUUUACACAUGUACGGGGAUGAAAUUCACAACGCAGCAGCACCAGCUUAUUUCCUUGAGCUCCGCACACAUUUCUUUUAACUCAGGGUUGACCAGUGGAUGGAUCCCCCACCCCCACUCCAAGGAGUACACAUAUUGAAUGCUCCUAGAGUUUUUUGAGAGGCAUAAAAGAAUUCCAGGUGGUUCCGUCCCACACCCACAGUUCAUUGCCUGAGGAUCACCCUGUAGAGGUUGGCUUCUGGACCCCGAGCAGGCUGCCCUCCUGGGAGUCCGCCCUGGGGAGUUAUUCUCCAGAAGGAGAGAGAGAGAGCAGUGACACUGCCUCGGAGCUCCCUGCGCGAGCCAGUGGGAGGUUUGGACAGUUUCAUAACACAGCCCAUUCACAAUUCCCCAUUGAAAUGUAGAGGCAGGUCACCUUCGAUGAAUGCACAAAGACACUAUUGUGGUCACAAGCGAGCUGCCUCAGUGAACACAAUUCUUUUUAUACUUAAAAAAAAAAAAAAAUUUUUUUUUCCCCUUAAGAAAGCUAACAAGUAGGUGAUAGAAACAAUGACCGAAAAAUAACUUUUUCUAGAACAUAUACAGAAUGUUAAGGGACCAUUGACACCGAGGGCCAGGAUUCCGAGGCCAUUUCAGCAGAGGCGAUGGUUACACAAUCACUCUGUUGAAAGCGAAGAUUUAGAUGGCAUUAGGAGUCUGACACACAGUAAUUACUGGUAGUUCUUGUUGGCCUGCAGACAGGUGGGGGCUGGGCCUGCACAGUCCCCCGAAGCACUUUCCUGUAAUCUGGAUGGGCGAUCUUCAAACGUGUGCUUUCAAACCACUUAAAUACCAUAUUCUUCUUCCUCUCUGGCCUUUCAUUUUUCUAUCACCGCAGAUACGCUCCCUGUCGUCCUGCCAGCGCUUGUAGAUCUCUUAGGAAGAGCACUCUAAACCACCGGGCAGGGACGGAGAAGUGUCUAGCAAAUCUUUUUCUAAGGCUUGUCUUUAAAAUUUUUUUCUUAGAGCCUAAAUUGAAUUCAAAGGAAGUAAAAACACAUUUCGCUGUGUUCCUGACCUAAAAACCAACCCUGAAGAACAACAGAAAAGACCUCCCCUAAAUAACUUAGAUUUCUGAAAUGAUGGGUUCCCCCCCCUUUUCUUUAUGUUUAGAGACUGAUGAAAGAUAAAGUUUGACUAUUAGAAAUAAUGUUAUAUACUCUGCCUAGUAUAUUCAAACAGCUGACUUUGGGAGAGUAAAAAAGCUGAGAAGUGGUAACUGGGGCCCCUGGUGCUUUGUCACUGAAACAGUACUGUCUCUACAUUCCUUUUUAUGAAAAAAAAAAUAGUAAUAUUUGCAGAGUGUUUUUUUAGACCCUUAACUUAAAAACAAUUCUGUGCCUUACAUACUGUAUACAUUCAGUUGAUAUUGACAAUACUAAUAGUUUGAUGGCGUUGUACAAACAUAGAGUCAACAAACAUCUACUUAUGCAGCACCUGCUCCUAUUCAGAUGGUGAUAAUUAAUGACUGGGACACAGCUUCUUUCCUGAGCUCACAGUCUCAUAGGGGGUGACAGAUUGGUCCCUAAAACAGAACCCUGACCCGUGUGCUGCCUCCCUCUGCUCCACACACCCAUCUCUCUCACACUUGUGUUGCCCACAGUCCUCAGCGCAAUAUCCAGCUCUCUUAAGUUUGUGCAAACACAGUUGCCAAGAGGACGAGAAGGGAUCAUAAAGUGUAUGUACACAUCACAGAAGGGGUCAUUGUAACUCAGAGGGUCAACAGGGGAUGUUCUCAACUUGUUCUAAGCAGAUGCGAGUAUCUGAAAAGGGGGCAGAGAUGGGUGCUGAUCAUGAGUACACCUCGCCAAUGAAUACAGGAAACUAAAGAGAGGGAGGGGGGUCUGAGGGGAGGGGGGGGGCUCCAGAAACGUGGUAUCCCACUGGGGUUGGAGGAGUCUCAAGAGAGGGGAAUUAGGAGAAAUUGCACUGACGGCCUCUGUCACCCAUGCCUCGCAGCAAGGCAGCACAUAAAUUACUAGGCACUUCAGGGAGAAUGCAGAGAAUGCAGACAUCAGUUUGCCUUUAAAAAGGAGGAGGAUGCUGUCCAGGCCUCUGCCCGAAGCCAGUCAUCCUGCAGAACUUGAUUUUUUUACAGGAGAACGGGAGUGAGUGUCCUCUGUGCGUGAGGACUUAACUCGAUUCCUGCACAAGUAGUGACUGGAGAAUUUGUCUUCCCAGGGCCCAUCCCCACCCUCCACCACCACCCCCCAACCCUGAAAUACAGAAUCUAAAUAAGUGCUGGGCUUGUGGGGUCAUCAGGUGACAGCUGUAGACCCUCUGCUUCAUCAAAGCGUCGGGUCUUAGUGAUCAGUGGUGCUGCCAUAUCAAACACAGUAAUUCCUGAAAUGACUUUCUUAGCUUGGGACAGGGUGGGGUGGGGUAGGGUGGGGUGCAGGGAGUAGGGAAUGAGCUCCACGCUCAGCACAACCACACACCUCUCUGUGUGCACCUGUCUGCCCCCAACGCCCAACCCCCCAAGGUCUGCCCUGGCCGGAGACGGACUGUUUCUCAUUGGCUGAAAACAUCUUCGUAUUUACCGCAUGCAUGCUAAGUCGCUUCAGUCAUAUCCGACUCUGAAACCCUGUGGACUGUAGCCCCCCAGGCUCCUCAGUCCAUGGGAUUCUCCAGGCAAGAACACUGGAGUGGGUUGCCAUUGCCUCCUCCAGGGCAUCUUCCCAACCCAGGGGUUGAAUCCACAUCUCUUAAUGUCUCCUGCAUUGGCAAGGAGGUUCUUUACCACUAGUGCCACCUGGGAAGACUGUAUUUACCACCACUACCACCCUCAAAAAAAGACUUCUAAUGUCUGCAUUUAAGUAACCUCGUGAAAAGUAAGAACUUAGUAGUGUAUGACAUGCUGCGGUCCAUGGGGUCGCUGAGUCGGACAUAACUUGGUAACUGAACGCAGCAGCAGCAAAUGUAAACGUGACUGGGUGGAAGUUUGUAACUGGGUGUUUCUGUUCUGCAGGCCUUGAAAUUCUCUCCCCUCGAGUUCCUUAUGCUUUGGGAUUGUUUACGCUGCUCUUAACCUCCUCUGUGCCCACCCCCCACCCCCCACCAGGGAAUGAAAGCCACUGGUUGACUGUACACAUCCCUGGGCAUUGCAAGUCUGAAGACGUCCCAGAAUAAGGCACAAUGUCCAUGGCAGGAGUGGCUGCUCAGGAGAUCAGAGUCCCGUUAAAAACUGGAUUUCUGCACGAUGGCCAAGCCUUGGGGAGCCUGAAGGCCUGCUGGGGUGGCCGCAGCGAGUUUGAGAACAGCUUUUUAAACAUCGACCCGAUAACCAUGGCCUACAGUCUGAACUCGCGGGCGCAGGAGCAGCUAACCUCCAUCGGGCGCGCCUCCAGAUCCACCCCGAUGAGCAGCAGCCACUGUGCAGAGCAUGGCCCCCCUCCGAAGUCCCGCCUGCCUCCCCUCAUCAUCCCCCCAAGUGAAGGCUGGGGGCAGCAGGAGGAGGACCGGGUGGCGUGUGGACUGAAGAAGCUGGCGGUGAACGGGGUCUGUGCUGCCACACCCCCGUUGACCCCCGUCAAGAGUCCCCUGUCCCUCUUCUCCAGCCCAGUGCCCUGCGAGCGGGGCUCCCGGCCCCUGCCGCCACUGCCCAUCUCCGAGGACCUCGCCCUGGACGAGACGGACUGCGAGGUCGAGUUUCUCACCAGCUCGGACACGGACUUCCUUCUGGAAGACUGCGGGCUCUCCGACUUCAGAGCCGAUGGCCCCGGCAGACGCAGCUUCCGAGGAUGUGGACAGAUCAACUAUGCAUAUUUUGACACCCCAACUGUCUCCGCCGUGGAUCUCAGCCAGGAACCCGACCAGGUGGCUGGGGUGCCAAGUGCCAACCCCCCUCCGCCUCAGGCCCACCGGAGACUGAGGAGGUCUCACUCAGGCCCCGCGGGGUCCUUCAACAAGCCGGCCAUCAGGAUCUCCAGCUCCAUGCACAGGGCUUCUCCCAAUUCUGACGACGACAAGCCAGAAGUUCCCCCUCGGGUCCCCAUCCCUCCCCGGCCGGCCAAGCCAGACUACAGAAGGUGGUCGGCCGAGGUCACCUCCAGCACCUACAGCGAUGAGGACAGGCCCCCCAAAGUCCCACCGAGAGAGCCCUUGUCCCGGAGCAACUCCCGCACCCCAAGCCCCAAAAGCCUCCCAUCUUACCUCAACGGGGUCAUGCCCCCCACGCAGAGCUUUGCCCCUGACCCCAAGUACGUGAGCAGCAAAGCCCUGCAGAGACAGCACAGUGAGGGGGCUGCCGGCAAGGCGCCCUGCAUCCUGCCCAUCAUUGAGAAUGGGAAGAAGGCGAGCUCCACGCACUACUACCUGCUCCCUGAGAGGCCGCCCUACCUGGACAGAUUCGAAAAAUUUUUUAGGGAAGCAGAAGAAACACACGGGAACACCCCCGUCCACCCCAUCCUGGCCCAUGGCAGUAUCUCUUCAGCCCCAGAAAAGCUGGACCUAAAAGGCCAUGUGAAGCGCAAACAUUUCUCCUAUGUGGUUUCUCCUUAGACCCUGGAGUCCCAGCUCAGCAGAGGUGCCAUGGGAGCGAGUGGUUCUCUCACAGUUCCCCAGACCCGUCAAGGUUCCCCGGGAAAAUAGUCCAGAUCACAGGCUCAGAGUCGAACUCUCCUCUGAACAGGAAGGGCUUAGAGAGUCAGGAGGUGCUGAGGUGCUGAGCAUCCCUGACCGUGUGAGUGUCAGAGAAAAGUCUGCUCAAGCCUGUCAUUUAAAGAUGCGAUGCAGGGAGGAAGGACAAGGGACAUGCAUAUGUGUGCACGUUAGAUGCCUGCAUCUACACUUGUGAUAAAAUCAUAGAUUCUAGUUGCAAGUUAACCCAGUAGUUCCUGUCUUAGAGUAAUAUAUAUUUAGAACAAUAAAACUCAAGCUGGAGGAUGGCUCCUGAGAGACUGAAAAUUGAGCAAAUGGGAGAGAAUACAGUAUUGUUUAGCUCAGAAUCAUAAAAUAUUAUAUAUAUAUAUUAUUAUUUUUUUGCAUAAUAAGGUUGAAGAUUGCCAGCUCUGAGGCCUGUUCUGUUUUGUUUCAUUUAUUUUUACAAGCAGUUUUUCCAUGGAGGGCAGGCCAUACUUUCUUUCCGUGACUUCACGUGCCUGGUUUAAGUCGUCCUGAGACCUAAAUCCUGUAGGUCUUGCUGAAGGGAUGGCAGCACCUUUGGUACCGUAUUCUCACCUGUCCGGGUCUCAUGAAAAAUGGGAAGGUAACAGAAUAAGUCAUUUUUCCUUACCAUUCCUUCUCUGUUCCACCCACCCCCAGGAAACGCAGAACACAUGGGGAAAAACAGACUCUUGGCCAGUGUUGAGGAUGUCAGUUGAAGCAAUAAUGAAGCAGUCAGCUGUUGGGUUGAGAGUAUCUGUGUGGAGAUGUGUGUUGUAGGUUUCUUUUCUUUUUUUUCCCUCCCCUAUUUUAGUCGCAUAUGAAUAAACAAAUACAACACAAGCUGGCCUUGUGUUGCUGGUUCCUCUUCAGUAUUUCCUGGGGAUUAUUUGCUUUCUAAGUAAAACCCUUCUGACCAAUAGCCCAGUAUGUCUUAAGACCGGAGAUCACAUCAUCUACUUUGGAAAUUCUCACGGCAGGCUGCUCUGCUCAGAUCUGGUGAGACAUAAAGCUCGUGUCCCACUUUCACAUGCUUCGCUGUGUUUAUCUUGUGUAGAGCAGCACAGAAGAGAUGGUGCUCAUUAACAGAAGUACCUUACUACAAUGUUCUCCACAUUAAACAAGCUGUUUACAGUUUAAACUGCUGAGUGAUGUUAUUUGAGCUAUUUAAAGCUUAUAUUUUAGUAUGAACUAAAUGAAGGUUAAAACAUGCUUUAGAAAAAGGCACUGAUUUCUGCAUUUAUGUGUACAGUAUUGGACAAAGGAUUUUAUUCAUUUUUUGUUGCAUUAUUUUGAAUAUUGUCUUUUCAUUUUAAUAAAGUUAUAAUACUUAUUUAUGACACCGUUAAUAAUGUUUCUUGCCUACACUGUUAUACAAUUUUGUGUCUCGAGUAAUAUGACUACCACUUUUAAGCAGAAAGGAAGCUGUUUUAGAGUCUAAUAUACACUUGAAAUUUAUCAUCAUUCCCUAAAAUGACAAAUAAUUUGAGUAAUUUAGAUUUAAGUAGUAUACAGACAACAGCAAAAAUGAGCUGUUUGUAUUGAUCUGUAACAAUUAAAAGGGUCCCUUUGAA